CUUGCGUAUGUGUGCGGUAUCUCCCACCCUCAUGACUAUACAUGAGUUGUUAUCAGUUUGGUUAGAAUUUUCGGCGCGUUGACGGUAUGUCAAAGUCGAUAUGGACCUUUUUGUUACUUCUUCAAGUGUGUCUUGUUGGAAAUACGGUUGGUUCAGUAGGUGACAGGUCGCGAGUGUACAGUCAAUGUCUAACUGUAUGUCGCAAUAAAAACUGCGUAGAUGAAAUAUAUUUUAAGAACCAACCAUCUUUGCCAUUAAUUUUGCUAAGGUGGACAUGCAAGGAAGAUUGCAGUUACAUUUGUACAUGGAUAACUGUUAAGGUUUUUAUAUCCCAAGGAUUGGAAAUACCGCAGUUUCACGGAAAAUGGCCGUUUAUUCGUCUAUUUGGAUGUCAGGAACCUGCCUCAGUUUUAUUCUCCAUAUUAAAUUUUUGUGCACACUGGAAAAUGUUUCAAAAAUUUAGGAGAAAAGUGGAUCCAACUAGUCCUAUGUUUUAUCCUUGGGCAUAUUUCAGCAUUAUAUGUUUGAAUGGAUGGAUUUGGUCCACUAUAUUCCAUUCGAGGGACAGGCCAUUUACGGAAGCCAUGGACUAUUCUUGUGCGUUUAGUAUGGUACUUACACUCUUGUACUGCAUGUUAUUAAGGAUAACGUAUAAAGAGAAUAAAGCAUUUAUUAUAAUAACUUGCGGAUAUGUGAGUAUUCUGUGCAAGCAUUUAUCGCACUUAUGGUCAGGCAAAAUUAAUUACGGUUAUAAUAUGACGCUUAAUGUAGCGAUAGGGUUGACGACAUUCGCGAUAACGAUGCUGUGGUGGUAUCUUAACAGCAACAAAUUGCCCCACGCGUACUUAAUCGGUUGGUUUAACAUAUUUACUGUUUUCGUGACUUCGCUCGAAUUGAUAGACUUUCCACCUAUCUAUUGGGUAUUUGACACGCAUUCCUUAUGGCACGCUAACACUAUUUUUUUAACGAUAAUGUUAUAUAGGUUUAUGAUCUCAGAUUGCUGUUAUCUAAAAACGUAUUACAACAGAUCACUUUUAGACGCUGACCAUCAUGAGCAUUAAAUUUUCUUGAUAACAUAUAUAAUUGAGUCUAUAUACAUUCUUCAAACUGUGUAAGGGCAGUAUAACAAACAUUGGCAGGAAAAUCGUAACAUCUGCAAUUAAUAAAUGCAGAAAAUUUAAAUAUUUAGCAGUCCAUUAAACAUAAAUACGGUAUUGUGUGAAAUCUUUCUCCUUUCCGUUUUUAUGUAUUGUAUAUAACGAGUUGAAAUGCGCAUAUUACAGUUUGUUUUGUUCCAGAAAAAUAUAACAAAGUUAUUAAUUUAUAAAA